CCGGCGGGGCGCGACCUGCGCACGGACCGAGCCGAACCGAACCGAACCGAACCGAGCCGAGCCGAGCCGACCGAGCAGAACAGAACCGAGCCGACCGAGCUAAACCACGCUGCCGAACCGAACCGAGCCCAGCGGAAUCACCCCUGCCGAACCGAAGACAGCCGAAGCCAUUCCUACGGCACCACACCGAACCCGUCCCUAGCGCACCGAGCCGAUUCCUACGGCACCGAACCAAACCCAUCCCUACCGCACCGAGGCCAUUUCUUCCGCGCCGAGCCGUGCCCUACGGUACCGCACCACGUCCUACGGCACCGCACUGCACCCCGUGGUACCGCACCGAACCCAUCCCUACCGCACCGCACCCCUAAGGCAUUGCACCCUCCGGCACCGCACCGCUCCCCCGGUGCCCGCAGCACCGCACCAUGAUGUCGUGUGCCGAGCUGCUGGCCGUGUGCCUGCUCUCAGCAGAUCGCGGCCCCAAGCCCCAGCGCCAGCCGCUGCCCAUCUUCCACGACAUUUUCCGGCGAGCCGACAAGAAUGAUGAUGGGAAGCUGUCAUUUGACGAGUUCAAGAACUAUUUUGCUGAUGGCAUCCUGAGCUCGGAGGAGCUGUGGGAGUUGUUCAGUGGCAUUGACAGGCGUCACUCAGACAAUGUGGACACGGAGAAGUUGUGUGAUUAUUUCUCGGCAUACCUGGGGGAAUACAGGAAUGUGCUCUCUGCCCUGGAAACCCUCAAUGCUGCGGUGCUGGCAGCCAUGGACAAAACCAAGCUGAGGUACGAGACUGCCUCGAAGAUGGAGCAGUUCCUGACCCGGUUCCUGCUGCGGGAAACCAUGCACCAGCUGCAGUCCCUGCAGGUGUCCCUCGAGUGUGCUGUGGACACCGUGGAGGAGCAGGCAGGACGGGACAGAAAGGAGAUCAAGAAAUCUGAGGCUUCGGUUGGCCUGAGGUCAGGGAGACGGUGUGGGCGCAGGGGACAGAAGAACAUCUGCCUGUCCCCAGCAGACCCCUACUCUGGGAUGCUGACAACAGGUACCUGCUGUCCCUCAGGUGUUUGUGUCGAGGACAACAGCCAGUGGAUGGCUCAGAUCAACAGGCUCCAGCAGCUCAUCGAGAAGCUGGAGUGCAAGAGCCCACGCCUGGAGCCGCUGAAGGAGGAAACCAUGUGCAAAGGACAGGAUGCACACAUCCUGGUGGCCAAGAGGCAGAUCUCAGUGGCCACGAGCAGCAUCGAGGAGUUCCGGCAGGCGUUCCGCUCCUACACCGAGGGCACGGCCGGGCACAGCAGCUGCCUGCAUGUCUCUGCCUGCAAGCUGACGGACGAGGCCUGCUUCAUCCUGUACGAGUUCUGGCAGGACGUGACCUCCUGGAGAAGCCAUUUGCAGUCCAGCUGCAGCAAGACUUUCCAGCAGUCCAUCCUCAGCCUGCUGGAGUCCCCGGAGCUGCUGACCACCAUGCUUUUCCCAGCUUCCUGGUGGAUCAUGAACAACAACUGACCCGGGGCAACGUCUCCAGGACACCAUCAGCAUGCGGGAGGACGUGGAGCCCUGAGCACAGCCAUCACCUUUGUCACCUCCCUGUCCUUCCAUUCCCUGAUGUGGCCAGCGGGGGCUGCCUGCCCUCGGCCCUGCCAGUGCUUUGCUCCUUUGCUCUUUUCAUGUUAAUUUAUUUAUUUUUCCUGCCCCUAAGACAUUGUCCGAGCUGCGUGGGGGA